AUGUCGACUGUCACUCGUGUUACUCUUGUCCAGAACGUCCCGACUGGCGCGCCGAUGCUCAACGACUUCAAGGUCGAGACCGCCCCUGCGCCGGUGGAGGCCAGCCUGAAUGCCAACGAGCUGAUCAUCCGGCCGCUGUAUCUGUCGUGCGAUCCGUACAUGCGCGGGCGGCUGACAGGAUCGGGCGACCGCUACCCCAUUGAUGGCCUGGGCGUGGGCAUCGGCGACGUGGUCACCGGCGGCAUGUUCAAGUGGGAGAGCAAAUUUUCCCUGUGGCGCCAGGCGACUCAGGAGGCAUCGUACGUGAACCUGAUCGGCGCGCUGGGUAUGCCUGGGUUCACCGGCUAUGUGGGCCUGGUGACACUGUGCCAGCCCAAGAAGGGCGAAACCGUGCUGGUGUCUGCUGCGUCGGGCGCUGUGGGCCAGAUCGUCGUCCAACUGGCUAAGGCCCGUGGUCUGCGCGUGGUGGCUACUGCCGGCUCCGACGACAAGGUCGAGUACGUCAAGAGCCUGGGAGCUGACGUUGCCUUCAACUACAAGACGUGCGGCAGCUUCGCCAAGGCAAUCCGCCAGGCAGCGCCCGAGGGCGUGGAUAUCUUCUUCGACAACGUCGGUGGCGAGUUCCUGGAUGCGACACUUAACUGCAUGAAGCCCUUCGGCCGCAUUGCCGAGUGCGGUAUGAUCUCGCAGUAUAAUGCCACUUCCGAGACCGCCUACCACAUCCGCAACCUGUCGCAGAUGAUCAACAAGAAGCUGACCAUGUACGGCUACAUCGUCAGCGACUACUACGCCAAGCCUGCGUACAAGGAUUUUAUCAGCGAGGUCGCCGGGCUCGAGAACGCGCCUCAAGCCCUGCUUGAUCUGUUUGAGGGCUCCAACUUUGGCAAGCGUGUCAUUAAGGUUGCCUCGCGCGGUCAGAAGCUGUAAAAACACACCCAUUUCUUUCGUAGCAAUACCAU